UGAUUUCCUAAAUAAACGAUCUGUCGCCUGGUCCUGUUGUUAGAAUACUACCUGGUUUUAAGUCAAUUUUGACUUUCCGGUUGAUGGAUUGAACCAAAAUGUUCAGCUUCUGUUGAAAUAUCUGUUCCGAGUAUGAAAGCGUUGACAGAUGUCGGAAGAUUAACAUGUUGCCAUUUGGUGGAUGACGACGACUAUCAGUGGAACCCAGGACGCGCAUUUCUAACCUAUCUGAGACUCGUCACCUGGGUGUGCCUGCAAUUCCCAGUAAGUGAUGGUGUCCUCAUUGAGACUCGAACCCAGUACUCAUCGUCUCAGACUUCCAAGCAUUGUCCACGAGAACCACCACUUGUGCAACGGGUAACAGUUAUCACUUGUUUGAAGUCAAUUGUCACUUUCUCGUUGAUUAAUUGGACUGUUCAGUCUCCUGAUUUAAUGACUAUGGGCAUCCAUCAGCUCGGUGUCAAUUUGAUUCGACAGAAACUGAUUUUGUUUUUAGAGAUUUGAGCUUGUGUUAUGCAAAAGGCUUUCUAUAAAUGUUUUUCUAAUCACAAAUAAUUCAUCACUGUGCAGCAAUUAUAUUUCUCUUGAUAAUU